ACAGUAUCGUUAGCUUUAGGAUUUUCUUCUAUUUAACUCCUGCAUCCACUAGCACGACAGGCUGUUAAAGUUCAUCUAUUUGCCCCAAUCUUCCCGCCAUUUACAGUUUCCAUUUUCAAUCUCACUACAAAAUUAGGGGGAAAACCAAAUUGUUGACGAAAUGGGUCCCCUGAUAUUCAAUAACCCAAUCAUGAUUAACCCAAUUUUUAGGAAAACUAGCAAGUUUAAAAUUGGAGAAAUUGGUACCCCGUUCCUUAAAUUUCAGUUUAGCUGCUUUCAGCAAUGUCAAGGUCGAUUUGCCGCAAUUCCAACUAGGUUUGCUUACUCUAGUCCACAGCGCAAUGGCAGUGAAAAUCCACAGAAUUCUCUUCAAGACCUUAGGGUUCCAAACCAUUGGUGUGACCCCUCCAAAGCGUCAGAGGAAUCUGAAUGGCUAAGAGUGACUUUGCACAAAUGGUUAGACGAUGAGUAUUGCCCAGAGCCAACUAAUGUUGAGAUAAGCAACAUUGCUGCCACCACGUACUACAAAUCCCUGGUCGAAAAACAAACUGAUCUGGGAGAGAUUUUGUUAAAAAUGGCAGUAGAAUUAGAAUCCAUAUCCUAUCAAGAGAGCUUCCAUGGAGCAUUUUCAUCGGCAAAUGCAGCAGUGAAUCUUAUCAUUCAGCGGAUAGCGCUGGAGUAGUUGCUCGACUUUGCGAAGGUUUGAAACUUAUUUUCUGUAAACACGAGUUGGAUGUAUCUAAUUGUAUUAUCAGUUCGACAAUAAAUCAGCAAUGGAUGUGCAUUUUUUGCCUUCA